AUGGCGGAUGUGGAGAUGAAGGAGGCAACCGCCGGGGCCUCAGCCAAAGGCAAAGGCGUGUCGAAGGGCUCAGAAGGGACCAGUGACGGCAAGAAGAAGUUCGAGGUCAAGAAGUGGAAUGCCGUCGCUUUGUGGGCGUGGGAUAUCGUCGUCGACAACUGUGCAAUCUGCCGCAAUCACAUUAUGGAUCUAUGUAUUGAGUGCCAGGCGAAUCAAGGUUCAUCAACAACCGAGGAGUGCACAGUAGCCUGGGGAAUUUGCAACGUAGGUUUCGCCUUCGCGAUUCCUUUUCUCUUCAUUUGA